GUUUUGAUGUAAUUGGUGGUCUGUUAGCUGAUAAAGCCAUUGACUUACUGAAGAACUUUUACAAAGGGGAAAAUCUUAACGCUCCUGAUACCAAAAGAAAAAAGAAAAUUACAAAUGAAUCCAAGUAAUUUAAUUAUAAUGAAAAGUCAAAGUCACAGGCUAUUUUCUCAGCUUAACAAGCAAAAGCUGCUUGUCAAGUACUUGAAUGUCACCCAUUACUUACAAGCUUUCACGAGGAACUAUGCUACAUCUGAAGUUAGUAAUGUUAAAAGUGAAAGUAGGAAGAGGCUGGUGAUUCUGGGAACAGGCUGGAGCAGUUACAGUGUGUUGAAAACAGUCAACAAAAACAUUUAUGAUGUCAUUGUCAUUAGUCCACGAAAUCACUUUCUGUUUACACCUCUUCUAGCAAGUACUACAGUAGGCACACUGGAAUUUAGAUCUAUUAUAGAGCCAGUACGAAACACAGGUUUCAGGGACUCAGCUCACUACCACCUUUCAUAUGCCACUCACCUUGACACAAAAAAACAGGAAAUCAAUUGUACAAGUGUAUUAAAGCCCAGCCUGCAAUAUUCCUUACCUUAUGAUAAGCUUGUCAUAGGAGUGGGGGCCUUGACUAACACAUUUGGUGUGCCUGGUGUGCAAGAAAAUGCAUUUUUUCUCAAAGAAAUUGCAGAUGCAAGAAGAAUAAGAAACAGAAUCUUAAACAAUUUUGAGCUGUCAGUCCAACCUAAUAUAGAUCCAAAAGAACAGCAGAGGCUUCUGCAUAUUGUGAUAGUUGGAGGAGGCCCUACAGGCGUUGAAUUUGGUGCUGAAUUGUAUGACUUUGUAGAACAGGAUUUGGUCAGACUUUAUAAACAACAAUCUAAGCAAGUCAGAGUUACUCUUGUAGAGUCCAAUAAAAUCCUGUCUUCAUUUGAUACAAGACUUCAAGCCUAUGCAGAGAGGAAAAUGAAACAGAGGAAAGGUUUCAAUCUUCUGCAGUCAACUGUUAUAGAAGUAAAACCUGAUAGUGUAAAACUUAAGGAUGGCACUUUGAUUCCUUGUGCACUUGUUGUAUGGAGUACAGGUCUUGCACCACGUGACUUUACAAAAACACUUAACCUCACCAAAAAUAAAAGUGGCCAGAUUAUGACAGACAGAUACCUCAGGGUGAUAGGGGAGUCCACUAAAAAUAUUUUUGCAAUAGGAGAUUGUGCAGAUAUUGAAGAAAUGUCAUUACCUUGUACUGCACAGGUUGCUGAAAGGAAAGGACGCUAUUUAAGCAAGUUUCUGAAUUCAGACUGUAAUGAAGAAAAAGUGGGCCCAUUUGAAUUUAAAAGUUUGGGAAUGUUGGCAUAUAUAGGGCAUUAUCAAGGUGUCAGUGAUACACCCCAAUUAAAAAUAAAAGGUGUGGCAUCUUGGUUUUUAUGGCGUUCUGCUUACCUUACCCGCUUAGGAAGUUGGAGGCUCAGGAUGCAAGUCCCAUUAGACUGGACAAAGACAAUUUUAUUUGGCAGAGAUAUUUCUCGGGUUGAAUAAUGACACCUAUUUUUGUUUUAUACGCCCAGAUUUUUAUAGUUAUAUGACUAGGAUAAAAGCUCUCUCACUUUCUACAUGUAGAUCUAUUAAUUCAAUUAUAUUUAUUAUACUCACAUAACAACAAAAAGUAGACUAAAAUUAAAUUAUAGGAAAAUAAUUUAUUUUAUUCUUUAAAGUUUCAACAUUAAGGCACUUUUAAGUAUAAAUAAAUGAUUUACAAAUUGUCAUUUUUUUUUCCUUGAUUCAAGAAUGAAAUAGGACAUAAGUUUUAAUUAAUAUAAACUGGAAGCAACAGUAGUUUUGGCUACUGUAGCUGGUGUCACUUUGAUUCUUAAUUCUGGAGGUAGUUUAUGGUAAAUGCAGUCCCUAAUAUAUUUGGCUGGAUACUUGUUGGAGAAAUGAACUAAAACAAUAUGGCCGACAUCUUUAAAGAGGUCAGCAUGUUGGCAUAAUUCAGAAAGAUGAGUGUGACCUCUGUCUCUAGCCUUCUGUACCAUAUUUUUACCUGUAUAAAAUAAAUAUUUUAUGUACCACAUUAUACAACUUAUAUACAAAUCCUAGCAUUGAAUUGUGAUAUAAAAAUAUGUGAAUCAAUUAUGUCCUGAUAAUAAAAUUACUGAAAGUUUUGUUUUGUACAUAUGCAUGUUAUUUUUAUUUAAACAAGCUACUUGCCCCUCUCUUCGUCCAGAAAAGUUGUUUCAGUAAUGAGUAUUUUAACAUUGAGAAGGUCUGGUGUUGGAGGGUUGGUAAAGAUGUCAAAUGUUGUAUCUCCUGUUAAAAGAACAAAAACAAUAAAACAUUAACUUGUACACACAUUUUGGGGAAUAAAUAAUUACACUUUUAUUAAAUUGGCACUCCUAAUGUAUGUUUUUCACCAUUAGAAAUAAUUUCUGAAAUAAUUUUCACCCCUUAAUAAAGAUAAGCAGACAUAAUUUCCAAUGAAUAAAAAUUUUGCACCACACUAGCUGUAUGAUCAUUAUGACUAGUUGAUUUCCAACAUAUCAAGUGUAACCUGGUUUUGAAUUCUUGGUAAAUAGUUUACAUAUUUUUUUAUUUCUUUAAUUACACAGAUAUGUCAACACUAUAUAAUAUAAAUAUAUCUUAAUAAAAAAUAAUUUUUGUUGAA